AUGUCACAUAUAACUUUAAAACUACUUAUAAUAGAAAAUAUUGUUUUAAGUAUCAAUGAUUCUUUGUAUAAUAGUUCUGAUUUAUUAUUCAACUCUUAUUAUGAUGUUUUAUAUAGUGAUUCUGAUCUGUUGUUCAAUAUUUACCAUAAUUCUUUAUAUAAUUCUUCUAACUCAUCAAUAUUUGACUUAUAUAGUUCCUUAUAUAAUUCUUCUUUUAACUUAUCAAUAUUUGAAUUAUAUAACUUCUCACCCAUUCGUGUGGAAAAAGAUGAUAAGAAUAUUAAUUAUCAAGAAGAAAAUGCUAAUAAUGAGCAUGAAAAAGAAGAAAAAAAUGAAACAAAAUUAUAUCAAGAAAUAGAAUUUAAAAUAUGGGAACUUGUUGAAUUGUAUCUUGAUGAAUAUACAAAGAAAUAA